GGCAGAUUGUAAAUUCAUCAAAAUUAUUUACUUUCUCAUGUUAUAUCCCUACGCAAACUCUCUAGAUAACAAUCCUCACUAGGGUCGUCGGAACAUGUUACUAACGUUGUUAAAGGUGAAACGGUAUGGCGAAAAUUAGCGCAAUCGCUUUCUUUGUUGCAGUACUCUUGGUUUUGGAGGUAGAGACCCAGACCACCGACGAUAGUAUCGCAACACGUAAUAAAAAGGUGGAGUCAUUCAUGAGCGAAUGCAUAUGCGCCUCCGGUGCAGAUCCAGAAGAGGUCUACUCUUGGUUCGCACGCAGAACCUUUUUUCCCUCCUCCUGUUUUAAAUGUUUUCUGAAAUGCAUAGGCAGAAAAAUGGGUUUUAUGAAACCGGAUGGUUCGUCCGAUCUCGACGCCGUAUCAGAACAGUUUGGUUCCAUCAUCAGUGGGGAGGAAAUUGCCCUGUGCAUCAAGGCUCACUCUGGUAAUCUGGAUCUUUGCGAGAAGGCAUACCAAGUACCACUAUGUAUUUAUCAAAUCAUCAAUGCAAAUGCCACAAAUUAGCAUAGUAGUUCUCCAAGGGCCGACCUUGACCUGACCUGGCAAUUUAUAAUAGAAAAGAUAAGGUCAACUCA